CCGCACCGCCUCCCGCUUCCCCUUCCGGCGCUGCGCGGCCGUUCGAACCGCGGCGGGAAGGCGUCUGCCGGGGGCCAGGCCGAGCGGCGGCGGUUGGGCGAGGCGGGGCGGGGAGCACGGGGGCCGCCGGUUCUCCUGCCAGGCGGCGGGAACCGCUGUUCGGGGCCCGGCCCGGGCGCUGCCUGUGGGGGAGCAGGGCUGCCCGGCUUCGGGCUCCCGGCGCUCGGGGGUCUCCUGCGUGAGGGAAACGGCAGCGCUGAAGGAAAAGCAAAGGUGUUAUCGAGAUAGAGAAAGCAGAUUUGCAUCCAGGGCCAUUUUUCAGUAACUUAAUCCCCAGUUAGAUAUUUAAUAGUAUAAACUGAACAGCGAAAUGUCCUCGAAGAAGAAAAUGAAGAAAAAUCCCUCUGGAAAUAAAUUAAAGCUGGGUGAACUAUCUGUUAAUGUCAUGCCCACCUGGGUACACAAAGCCGGCUCCCAUCCUCACUGGAGACUUUGUCCACUUGAGGAACCAGAUGUCUCAAGGAUAUUGAAGGUAGCAGAAGGAAUUCACCUUGAGGAGAUCGAUGAUUCGUUUGACCACCCUUUGCACAGCACUGCUGUGGAUGCCUAUGGAGAGGAGCAGUCACCGAGCGGGUCACUGGGUCACGUUGCGGCUCCACAAAGGAAAAAUGCGGAGAGAAGUAAAAAAAUGCAUAGCUCAAAAGCGUCUGCCAGUAAUGUUCAGAAAUUCAACACAGCUGAUCCUGAAGAUGAAUCCCUUACAGAGAAUGUGGUACAGAAAAAGUUGCAGAAGGGUCCGAAUGCAAUUCAAUUCCAGCUGAAGAAGGAGCGGCCUUUAGAGGAGAACAUGUCAGAUCCUCCUGCGCAUAGUCCACUUUCUGUACAGGUUUGGUGUCCCAAAGAUCUGAAGAGAUCUGCUAGAGAUAUUACAGAACUGGAUGUUGUUCUUACUGAAUUUGAGAAGAUAGCAGCAAAUUACAGGCAAAGCAUAGAAUCAAAUGUUUGCAGACAAGCCAUCAAUAGCUUCUGUUCUGCUUUCACAGACAAAGUCACAGAUCUUAUAGCGGAAGUCCAGGAAUUAAAGAAUAUGAAGAAAAAAAAUGCUAAGGUAAUGACAAACAUCAACAAGAAAAGGCAGCAGCUGUUGCAACUCAGAGGAGAGCUCACUCGAGCUGAACCACAACUGAUAAAACUACGAAGAGAAUAUAAGGAGAUAAAAGAAAGGAAAUCUUCCUUAAGGCAAGCAACUGCAUUACUUACUGAUUUAAAGGAGCUACAGCAAGACUGUCUGGAUUAUAGAGAGGAAAACCCAGAAGAAAAAUUGGUAUAUGGAACUUCCAGCCUACCUGCUCUUCUGGUGGAAUCACGGGGAAUUCUAGGAGCAGAAAGACACUUUGAGAACAUCAAUAUGAAACUGGAAGAGGCUCUAGCUGUACCAAGAGGGAAGUUAUCAAACAAACAUUAAGUGCAUUUUAAUAGACUUUUCAACGUUCUUUAGGAACAAUUAUUAAAAUGGACAGCGCUUACAUCUUGUUUAAUUGUUGCUGCUCUAUUUUGCUUCAGUGUUUAAAAGAAGUCAGUGACUUAAUCAGUGAGUGUAGCUUUCUACUGUCAAAUAGUCUGUGUAAGAACUUAAUCAGAAUGUCAGUGAAACUAAUGAAGUAGCAAUUCCACUUAAAGUACUAAAACUUUUAUACACACUUAACAAUGCUGGUUUUUAAUCUUAGGCUAUGAAAGUAAUAUAUGCUUUAAAAAAAGAACACAUAGACCUUGCUUGAACUAGUGAUAGAUCUCUUUAUUAAUUUGUAUUUGAAAUAAAUAAUUACCUCCCAUUUCUGGAAGUAAAGAAAUUUAUUUUACUUGUCUUAUCAGUAAAACUUAGAAAUAUGGCUAACAAAAUAGAAACCGCGCAGCGGCGAGUGUUAAAAGUGCUAAACUUGGAGCAGCAUUCUCAAUGAGUUUUCAGGCCCAUCCUCUUUAGCACCUGUGUAACUGUCCAUGAUCUCCUCGUGCCAGCUGAUGGUCAUCCAGUUAUGAGGGUACUGGUUUGGUACUCAGGUCUUUGUGUCUUACAGCUCUGGAAGAGCAUUUCUGAACUACAGUGCAGCGUCCUUCCCAGAAGACGUGUGAUACACAGAUACCGUUAAAGCAGAUUUCGUUGCUAGUGGUCUGUUUGCUGGCCAAGUCUGGUUAGCUGCCCUCUUUACUGCAGGUGUCCUGUCUCCCUAGAGCUUCCAAAAGAAUUUCAUCAGGAAUUUCUUCCAUGGCAUCAUUCAGACUAUCAUUUGCAGCUUCAGCGAGUUCCACAUCUUCAGUAGCUUCUAGGAAACAGGCGUCAUCGUUUGCAUCAUCCCACUCACUGUCUGACAACGGGAACGCUUGAGACAAGCUUUCCUCUAGAGAUGUGGAGCUUUUUGACAAGUCUGAAUCAUUAGAAAGUGGUUUCACUUCUGUGUUCCCCCUUUCAUCCAUUAGUGUAUGCUCUUCUUCCUUUUAAAAACAAGAAUACUAUUUAUUCCAUAUGAAAAUGGCUUUCAUGCCUUUAACUGCUCAGCUAUGAAAGUUUGAAACUCAUACUGUCACAUAUAACAGAUACUACAGGAAGCUGGCCAUUGAGACAGAUUUUCCAGCACCUUAAUUUCUAGUCAUGUUAACCUGUGGAAGCCUAUUUUAACAGCAAUAGAAAUUUCCUGUUUUCUUUAGUCCUGGGUGAAGUGAGGCUAUUGAAGUGAAUUAGCUUUAUCUGUGCUGACAGUUUUUGUGCUAAAUGUGCUGCUGUAGAACUUUAAUAUAUGGAGCUACUGCACCAGCACAGCUGUUAUAGGGAGCUGUUCUAUACGAGCAUGACUACUGUAUGGAGCUCAAGAGACUGCAUUAGCGGGGAUUUUCAAUGAUUUCCAGAGACAGAUUUGCUCACAAAAGCUUUAGCAUAUUGAAAGGACAAAAACAUACCUCUUUGAAAAGAAAAGAGAGACAUAUCCGAGGUGGUAAUGGAAAACCUAAAUCAAAUACAUGGCAUUGAAGUUAACAUUCCAAAAAGCAUUAAGAAUAAUUGCUUUGAAUUCACAGAAUACAUACUUUGUGAUUUGAAGUUUUUUUCUCUGCAGACUGGAUCAUGACACUUUUGAUACCAAACUUCCUUCUUUAGAUCUACAAGAAUCCUGAGGAAGAAAUAAUUUAGUUUAUAGUAACAGUACAUAAAUGAAGUGAAUGCAUACAGUAAGAAACUCUGACACUAAAUGAACAGGUUUUGUUUGUCCCCAUCUAUGGAUAUUGCUUUUGUACUCUGACAUAGUUAUUACAUAUUUGUUUUGUACAGUCUGUCAAGGUUUUUUUUCAAUAAACUUCCAAGUUCCUAAGAUAAAAAUAUAUUUCUUUUAAGACUAACGUUUGAAAGUGAACUUUUGUCUUCUUCCAAGCUUAAUGUAAUGAAGUUGACUUUCUUGAAGUAAGAUUACUAUAUGGGACCUAACUGUAAGAUAAGAUUUUGUUGCUGCUGCUGUUACAGACGAUUUCAUUACAGAAGCCAGAUAAAAUCACUAUUUCCUGUCAGCUGCUUAAACAAGCCGGCUUUUUCAGCUGUGCCUUAGAAACACCAGGCUUCAACCAACUUGCUUGAGAAACACCAAGUUCAUCUAUGACAUAGUGGCUUUUUAUACCCGUAUUUCUCAAAACCACAUUUUUAAAUGUUACGUAGCAUUAUUUUCCAGACAAAAAAAUUCUGCUAAUGAUCUACUGCAAUUCUAAGGUCAUCUAAACCCUCUGACUCUUCAACACUUAUUUUGCUAAAACUAUGAGUCUAGGUCUUUGUAGGGUCACUAGCAAAACUCAUCUUGACUCGAGUGGUGCCAGGUUUGUCAUUUUAAUAAUAUCAGAAUGGAAUUUAAAAUAUAUUGUAAAGGAAGUUAAAAGUGAUCUGUUUUCUUUAUUUCUGUUUGUUCAGCUUCCGAGCUAGGAAGCAUCAUUGUGCCACUUAAUAACUUUAACAUACUCUGACUUGUAUGUUAGCAUCUCUAAGCAUGUAUUUUAAAUAGCAUGAAGAUUACUUCACAGAGAUAACAGUUUAUCAGCAUUUUUAUAGAAUAACAGUUGAGCAGGAAAUAAAUAAAGCUGUUUUAAAGUUAAUUAUUAAAGAACAUACAUUAUGUUGUUA